AAUACUCUUCUUGUGGAGAUCCCACCCUACAGGAACCAGAGAAUAUCCAGUCCUGUGCAAGUCAACUUCUACGUUUGCAACGGCAAGAGGAAGAGGAGCCAGUACCAGCGCUUCACCUACGUGCCUGCAAACGUACCAAUAAUAAAAACCGAGCCCACUGAUGAGUAUGAUUCUCUUGGGAGUGUCGGGCUGUCUAUGCAUUCAAAGCCCUACUACGGCCAGCCCAGGCUGACGUCCAUCAUGCCUGUUGCUGAACCUGACCCCUGCCUGGUUGGUGGCUACCCUCCUUGUCCGCCCCGCCACGCUGCCAUGCCACCGUCGUCUCCCAGCUCAAGCCCCACCCUGCACGAUCUGUCCCCUGUUGCAUACAACAAAUGCCUCCCCAACAGCCCAACUCAUGCCGCACCACCAGGCACCGUAGCGCCCCCCAUUCAGGAGACCCCUUGCUGUCCAAGCCUUCCACACCCGACGUCGCCAGAUCACAACUCUUCCCUAGCGGUGCUCCACUCUCAGGGCAGCCCGGGCUCCCUUGGUUAUCACCAUUCCGUCUAUGCCAACAGCAGUUCCUCGUCCUCCCCAGUGUCUCACCCUUCCACUCCUGGCGGUCCAGCGGAGCCACCAUUUUUUCAAGCUUACAGCCCCAGCCAGGCAGAAGCUUCAGGCAGCUCAGCCCAAGUUGCAGGAAGUCCGCCCAGCCUGCUAGCUGAAGACACCACUACGCCAUCAAUGGACAUUACCAUCAAGCAAGAGCCCCAGGAACUGGAUCAGAUGUAUCUCGAUGAUG